AUGGAGAGAGGGUCCCCCACUGUUGUGAAAAGUAAGAGGCUGUCGGUACCACAGCGGGCUGGGAGGGCACGGUCUAAUUCGAGGUCCUCAGGGUCUCGCUCCCAGCAAGAAUACGAGCAAUUUGCGAAGGAGCUGGAUCCCGUUGCUGCAGCGACAGUGGCUCCUGUGACGCCGGUGGGAACACCCGCAAGGACGAAGCUGGAUCCAGCCAAUAAACUGAUACCUCCGCCGGCUGUAACUUCCAGGAACAAGUACACGUACAUCAUGGUGCUUAAGUCGCUGAAUGGGACGUUCGAGACGAAGUUCCUCGUGAUUCCACUCAAACCGGAUGUCCUCAAGCUGGGACGUCCAGUGGUCAACCCUGGCGGUGGUUCCGCUGUAGGGGGGAGUGCAAAGAAGGACACGGGGUCUCUUGUGAGAUCUGACAAUGGUAACUUCGACUCGAGGGUUUUAUCCAGGAACCAUGCAUGUUUAAGUUGCGAUGCGAAGAAUGGGAAGAUAUACAUACGGGAUCUGAAGUCUAGUAACGGUACUUUUGUGAACGGUGUCCGUGUAGAGUCCAAUGAUGUCGAGUUGAAGAUCGGCGAUGUUAUCGAUUUGGGAACGGAUAUAGACUCGAAGUUUGAACAUCGAAAGAUAAGUGCAUACGUUGAGGAGAUAUCAGUGAUACCACUUAUAAAUGGCGGAUUCGAUUACAACAAUAAUUCGCCUUACUCUGAAGAGGGCGACUCGUCGAAGGAUAAAACCAGCGGGAAGUCCGUACAGCAUUUGCAGUCUAACACGGGUCAUACACAGCCCACUGCACAAAAUAUAACAAGUGCAAUGUCCGCACAGAGGGCAGCGUUUGAAGCUGCAAUGUUUGGUGAUGUGAACAACCUCGAUUUGGAGGACGCAAUAUUAGGUCCGGAAACAGAAGUGCUGAGUGGGAUCUUUAUCAAUAAUGCUAUUGGAACUUCGCCGGAACUCAUCAACGUGAUCAAAACUUUGGCAUCGGAAAUUGCCUUAGAGAAGCAAGAGUAUUAUAAACUGAAGUCUAUGGAAAAUUUUAUGAUAAACUACACGACGAACUUGGAGUUUGUUAAUAAGCUGAUGAUAGAGAUGAAUGAUAAGCAGCUGGUUAAGCUACAAACAACUUUGAAACAAAAUUUCCUUGACAAGCAUGAUAAACUGGUAAGUGACGUGAAGGACCAAGUAACGAAAAUCAACAAAGAUAAGGAUCUUUUCAAAAAAACUUACGAAACCAAUGCCAGUAAGGACAAAGAACGGAUGAAUAAUUUGGAAAUGGAGCUCGAAGAUUUGAAGACUCGACUGGAGGUAGAAAAAUAUAAAACGGCACAACUUACCAAGCGACAGCACGUCCCUCCUGUCGAAGUUCCGUCGCUCGAACCAGAACGUAACCUACCUGUAACAGAUCAAGUGAAACCAAUUGAUAACGAGGACACACCGAAGGACGACACGCUACAAUCCAAAAAACCGCUACAAAACACAAAUAUUACAAAUAAUAAUGCUUCGGGAAAGGUGAUAACUGGGAUCCCAAACUCUCCAACCACUAAUGAAGACUCGAAUAAAAAGGGACGGGCAUACAAUUGGAGAAGCAAAAGAAUGAUGACGCUAUCUGCCGUCUCAAUUGGUCUAAUAGCAUACUUGAUAAAAUAUUCCUCCAGUUAA